CGAGAAGGAAGAUAUGUGUGUUUAUCCAAGUUAUUAAAUAAAAUAAUUCCCGACGCACUAUUAACUUUAUUCCCACAUCGCCGCCGCCUAAGCCUCUGCUCCCCCUCCUGUCCUUUGCCUUCGAGUUUGCGACAGGUUUAUCUGAACUUAUAUUAAGGUGGAAAUAUGGAGAACUCUUGCCCACCUAUAGAGUUGAUGAUCGGACAAGAUACAUUAGGUUUGGAAGCUAGUGACAGCAAUGCUUUAAUCUUGCCUACGAAAAGAAGCAAGAAAAGGAGAGGGAAGGAUCAGGAGCUUCAACGGGUUAAAGAGAAGCAAAACCCCAAAUUGAGUAAAUCUCAGAUAAGAAAGUUGAAGAAGAUUGAGGAAGAGAAAGAGAAAGCACUUUUGCUAUUGACAAGCAUUGAGACAUUGGAGAAAUACAAGAUUCCAGAAGAUGUAUAUUCUUUGCUGCAGUCCUCAAAAACUAUUGGUCAGGCUAAAACAAUGCGGGAAAAACGGAGGACAGCUAUUCUAUUUUCUAAAGUAGGUUUAGAAGUUCCUCAUAGUGUCAAAUCUUCUAAGGGGUGGGAUCAUGGUAAUACUUCUUCUUAUGAACCUGAAACUGAGUUGGAGCAAUUAAACUUAAGGAAGGAUACUGGUCAAAAUCACAUUGAACCUACCAUGGUAAUAGAAAAGGAAGUUGCAAAACAGGCCCAUGACUCUUUGUCAUCUUCUCAAAAGCUGACAUUUUGUAAGGGCCUAUCUCCAAGCUGCAGUGAUGUUGAUAAUUUACCAACCAUGGAGGUUUCCUUUAAGAACGAUGAUGCAGCUUUAGAAGAAGGCAUGGAGACCUGUAUUCCCAAGCUGCCUGUCAAUGAUGGGAGAAAAAGCUCCAUGUCAAAGGGACCUCUUUCUGCCCCUACUGUAGUGCAUGUCACAAGGCCAGAUGAGAUUGAGAACAAAAGGAAUGAUCUUCCAAUAGUCAUGAUGGAGCAGGAAAUAAUGGAGGCUAUAAAUGAGAAUUCUACUGUAAUUAUUUGUGGAGAGACUGGAUGUGGUAAAACCACACAAGUUCCACAGUUUCUUUAUGAAGCUGGGUUUGGUUCAAGCCAGUCUACCAUUAGAAGUGGCAUCAUUGGUGUUACUCAACCCCGCCGUGUUGCUGUCCUUGCUACUGCCAAGCGAGUUGCCUUUGAACUUGGCCUUCAUCUUGGUAAAGAAGUUGGGUUUCAAGUUAGGCAUGACAAGAAGAUUGGAGACAAAUGCUCUAUCAAGUUUAUGACUGAUGGGAUUUUACUUCGAGAAGUUCAGAAUGAUGCUCUAUUAAAGCGUUACUCUGUCCUUGUUCUGGAUGAGGCUCAUGAGAGAAGCUUGAACACAGACAUACUUAUUGGAAUGCUUUCUCGUGUAAUUCGACUUCGUCAGGAUUUGUAUGAGAAGCAACAGCAGAUGGUGCUUUCAGGACAAAGUAUAAGCCCUGAAAGCAUGAUAUUUCCAUUAAACCUUGUUCUGACCUUUAAAAAAGUCAUGUCUAUACAUAAGAGGCUUCCACCAGGUGGCAUACUUGUUUUUGUCACUGGACAGAGAGAAGUAGAAUACUUGUGCCGAAGGUUACGCAAGGCUUCCAAGGACAUAAUCACCAAAAUUUCUAAAGGGGGCAACGUUACUGAGGCCACUCCUUACUCUCAAAUAAAGUUGGAUGAGGACAUUAAUAUGAAGGAUAUUAGUGAAGCAUUUGAGAUAAAUGGAGAGUCAACUCACCAGAAGACUGACAGGUUCAGCUCUUAUGAUGAAGAUCACUAUGAUUAUGAUGAGGAUGAUUCAGAGACAGAUAGUGAACUAGAAAUUUUUUAUGAGGAUGGUCAGACAUUGGAUCAGAAAUCCAUGGAAGAUGGUGAUAAUUUGGUUGAUGUGUUGGGAGGGGAUGGAAGCCUUGCUUCCCUGAAGGCUGCUUUUGAAGCUUUGUCUGAGAAAGAUGGUUUAAAUUCUAAUCCCAAGGGACAAGAGGAUCUCUCUAUCAAUCCAGAGAACAGCUUAGAACAACCUUCUGCUCCCAUUGAAAAAAUUAGUGAAGGUAAUAAAGGCCUCAAUACUGGGUCACUACGAGUUCUACCUCUUUAUGCAAUGCUACCUGCAGCAGCACAACUUCGUGUAUUUGAAGAGGUGAAGGAUGGAGAGCGGCUUGUUGUCGUUGCUACCAAUGUGGCUGAAACCUCUUUAACCAUCCCUGGAAUAAAGUAUGUGGUUGAUACCGGGAGAGAAAAGGUCAAGAAUUACAAUUCUACCAAUGGUAUGGAAACAUAUGAGAUACAGUGGAUAAGUAAAGCAUCUGCUGCUCAACGAGCAGGAAGAGCUGGAAGAACCGGUCCUGGCCAUUGUUAUCGUCUGUAUUCCUCUGCAGUUUUUACUAACAUACUUCCUGAUUUCUCUUGCGCUGAAAUAUCUAAAAUACCUGUUGAUGGUGUUGUUCUUCUUAUGAAAUCCAUGGGCAUUGAUAAGGUUGCAAAUUUCCCAUUCCCGACUUCUCCAGGACCCACUGCACUGGUUGAAGCAGAGCGUUGCCUGAAAGCUCUUGAAGCACUAGACAGCAAUGGAAAGUUGACAUCUCUGGGGAAAGCCAUGGCUCAUUAUCCAAUGAGUCCUCGCCACUCAAGGAUGCUCCUUACUGUUAUCCAGAUUAUGAGAAGGGUGAAAAACUAUGCUAGGGCAAAUCUGGUUCUUGGAUAUGCAGUUGCAGCCGCUGCAGUUUUGAGCUCAACAAAUCCUUUUGUCAUACAGUAUGAAGAAAGCCACAGUCAAAAUGAUGAAUCAAAGCCGGCUACUGGAUCUAAUCCCUUAGAUAGUGAGAAAGCUUUGAACAAGAAAGAAAAAUCAGAGAAAAGAAAACUAAAAGAAUUGGCCAAAAUGUCCCGAGCUAAAUUCUCUAACCCUAGCAGUGAUACUCUGACAGUUGCUUAUGCAUUACAGUGUUUUGAGCUUUCAGAAAACCAAGUAAAGUUCUGCAACGAGAACACAUUACAUCUGAAAACCAUGGAGGAAAUGUCCAAGCUAAGAAAGCAGCUUCUUCAGUUGGUUUUUAAUCAAAAUGUUCAUUGUGAUGCUGGACAAGAUUUCUUAUGGACACAUGGAACCAUGAAAGAUGUAGAGCACUCUUGGAGGGUCUCUUCCAGUAAGAACCCACUUUUACUGAACGAGGAAGAACUCUUAGGACAAGCUAUCUGCGCUGGCUGGGCUGAUCGGGUUGCCAAACGCGUUAGAGGAGUUUCAAGAUCAUCUGAAGGCUAUAGGAAAGUAAAUACAGUCAGAUAUCAAGCCUGUCUGGUUAAAGAAACUGUCUUUCUCCAUCUUCUUCAUUUCUUUCAAGUUCUGCCGGAGUUCUGGGUGUAUAGUGGACUAAUACACACAAAGCGGCCAUACAUGCAUGGGGCAACUAGUGUGAAAUCGGAUUGGCUCGUUAAAUAUGCCAAGUCUUAUUGCACUUUCUCCGCUCCUCUUACCGAUCCUAAACCUUAUUACGACCCUCAAAUAGAUGAAGUAUAUAGUUGGGUGGUUCCCACUUUCGGUCCUCACCUAUGGCAACUUCCGAUGCAUAAUUUGCAGAUCAGUAACAACGAACAUCGAGCGGCAGUAUUUGCAUUUGCUUUGAUGGAAGGUAAGGUAUUGCCGUGCUUAAGCUCUGUCAAGCAAUUCAUGUCAGCCUCGCCUGAUAUCAUUUUAAAGCCAGAAUCAUACGGUCAAAGACGAGUCGGAAAUCUUUUACACAAGUUGAAGAUAUGGUCGAUCGACAGUUGUGGCCAGUUAAGAAAGACAUGGGAGGAAAAUCCAAGGGCAUUACAUUCAGAAAUUAUUGACUGGUUUAAAGAAAGUUUCUACUCACAAUAUGAAAAGCUUUGGUCAGAGAUGCUCUCUGAAGUCCUUCUAGAGCCCGAAGAACGUUUCCCAAAGAGAUUGAAGAGAGAGAAAAGGAAAAAAUAGUGUUGCUUGCAAGUUAGGAAUGAACAAUUCUAUUUAAUCUAUCAUUUUUGCACGUCUCAAAAUGCUUAGUUU